AUGUCCUCCACACAAACCCCGGCAACUUCGCCAACCGAUCCCACGAACAAGUCGAAGACAUCGCCCGAAAGGGCGGCCAGUCGUCGCACAACUCCGGCUUUGCGCAUAUGGAUGAAUCCAAACAAGUAUCCCCCACUUGACCCUCAGGGAUCCAGAAUGCGUUUUCUAAUUCAGGCACAGAAGGACAUCGCCUCGCAAGGCGGUCAGGCCAGCGGCGGCAGCUUUAGACCCGGUGACCCGCGUGCCAGAGAGGCUGGUCAUAAGGGGGGAUUAAGUGGUGGGCAGAGUCAGCCGGAGGAGUAG